AGCUCGUUUCUUCACUUUCCACCGCCACGCAUUUCUAUUUCUGACUUCACCGCCGCCCAACUCUGAUCUCCGAUCAUCUAUCGCCUGAAGUUUCUCAGUAUUUCCGAUUUAAUUGCUUUCUUAACCACUAUGGACGGCCAAGUUGGAGAUGGUAGUAUAUUGGUGCUUGUCGAGGAUGUUAUGGUACCAAUUAGUGUGGUAUACAAUGCAAUCAGUAUCUUGAAGAAAGAGGGAGUUGAGAAGUUGGACCCUAUGAUUGUUACUCAAGCUUCAACCCAGAGUCUGACAUCAGUGGAGUCUGCAUCUAGGGAUAUUGCUGCUCUCAUCUGUAGGUCCCUUGAGUUUCCUAGUGAUAAAAUGUGUGAGGACAUCUUGAGAGUGUUGAAGCCAGGUGGAACAGUCCUACUUAGCCUAAGUUCUCAAUCAGUCUCGAAGGCGAACUCCACCCACGAGCGCAAGUUAUUGUUGGCUGGAUUCUCUGAUGCUCAGUCAUCUGAAGCCGGCCACUCUAUCGUGAUAACAGCAAAGAAACCUUCAUGGAAAGUUGGUUCAUCCUUCUCUAUCAAGAAAGUCACGAAAAGUUUACCGAAAGUUCAGAUUGAUGAUGAUUCCGAUCUCAUCGAUGAGGAUAGCCUUCUCAGUGAAGAAGAUCUGAAGAAACCUCAAUUGCCAAAUGUUGGAGAUUGCGAAGUUGGAAAAACAAAGAAUGCAUGCAAAAAUUGUACUUGCGGACGUGCUGAAGCCGAGACUAAAGUGCAACUUGGGCCAACUGCUGAACAACUGAAUAAUCCUCAGUCUGCUUGUGGCAGUUGUGGUCUAGGUGAUGCUUUCCGUUGCAGUACAUGCCCUUAUAAGGGUCUUCCUCCAUUCAAACUUGGUGAAAAGGUAACGCUUUCUGGGAACUUUCUUGAUGCUGACAUCUAAUUCCGGAGGAUAAGAGUCGAUUGCAGGAACUGUUAUACUGAUGUCAAAGAUUUGUUUGUUUCUCUUUUGGUUGAUGUAAGAUGAGUGAAUACGUACUGCUGUCAAAGGGAGAGAGACAAAUAGUGUUCUGUGAACUGCUGUUAGAUCGCUCAGAGUUGUUUUAAUAAACAUGAUUUUACAUGACAGUAUGCAAAGGUUUGGAAAUGUACUUCACAAUCUCUUGAUCUGUUCUUUAAA